AUGAUUUGUUCCCACUUUCACUGUCUAUUAUUAGCAUCGUUUAUAGUCUUAACAGUAUCCGAAGAUUUCUCGCCACUUUAUUUAAAUGAAAAUGAAGACACAAAUGAUUUGCUAAAAGAUACAGACAGUUUACCAUCGUCAAAUAAUAUAUAUGAUUCCAUCCCGCCUGCCAGACCUCCUUUCCCAUUAUUAAGUUUGCUCUUUUCUAAACUGAAAAUGGAAGGCUCAGAAAAACAGGCCGUGAUUAAACGUGUGUUCUGUAAUGGUUUUACCGGAUGUGGUGGUCGUCAUAGAGGUCGCAGACGACAAUAUACAGCCCGAAUUCUAAAACGGCCUUUCUGUAAUAAUUGGGGAUGUGGUAAUGGGAAAAGAGCAUUGGAAAAAGUUCCUGUGCAACCGUUUGGUAAGAAUUUGGCGAGAAAACGACUAUUUUGUAAUAAUUAUGGAGGUUGUCGAGGAGGUAAAAAGAGGACUCUGUAUUCUAAUUGGUUGGGUAAACUAAAUGGUGUUGCUGAUAAUUUAUAA